GUGUGGGGCUGGUGGGGCCGGGGCUGGGAUGCGGUGGUUGGCCGGAGCGGUGGCUUUGCAGUGAAUGUGUGGCCGGAACGCUCUCUGGCCGACGGACGGUGAUAGUCACUAUUCGCGGAGGGCGGUAGUCACUAUGACUGGAGCAAGUCACUGGGCGGAGCAAGGUGGUCACUAUGGCUGGAGCAAGUCACUGAGCGGCGGUCACUAUUGCCGGAGAAAAUCACUAAGCGGUGGUCACUAUAAGCGGAACAAGUCACUGAGCGUUGGUCACUAUGGCCGGAGGAAGUCACUGAGCGGUGGUGCAGCAAGACUGCUGGCGGUGCCGGUGGUAACAGUGGCGGUUGUUGUGGACGGCCGGAGAAACUCUUUCCUAUUUUCUAAUAUUAAAAUUCAUUAAAGGCCUUGGUGUGCAACUGAUAAAUGGCUUGUUCCUUGUGUGGAACGAUGUGGUGUAUAACGGAAGAGUCGUAUUUUUGGGCUAGUCUUGAAAACUAUAUUUGAAAGGGAUGAUGAUGGAGUGGGACUUUUUGGUGAAAGAGUAGUGAUUGGAGGGUGGGUUAAGAUCUCCAAGGAGUUGAAGAUAAAAGAGAAGUCUGAUAUGCAAAACCUCUCCCCACCACUAUAUUCAAUGUUGGAAGUGAAUGACGGUUCCUCUGUGAAGAAUCUUCAGGUAUUGGUGGACUCAAAGCUAGAAAGUCCAGAAAAAGUGAUGCCCACUGGAACAUGCAUAGUAGUAGAGGGUAUAUUGCAGAAAGCAUCAACUGAGGGGAAACACCAUAUUGAACUCUUGGCAAAUAAAAUUUUGCAUCUUGGGACUGUUGACAAGAAUGAGUAUCUACUAACAAGGAGAACCUUGCCUUUGACACUAUUGAGGAAUUAUCCUCACCUUCGACCUAGAACAGCACAGAUGGCAAGCCUUAUGAGAAUACAUAACUCGGCUUUUACGGCACUACGUACCUUCUACCAAGCCAAUGGAUUUCAAAACGUACAAGUGCCCAUAAUCAAUAACAUAAACACCAGGCCAUCUGACAAAAAAUUUCACGUAAUGGUUGCAACAAAUGAAGAUCAGAAGAAAAAAGAUGAGAAUGCUGAUGAAGAGAUGAGAAACAAAGAAAAAUAUGAAAACAUUAGUAGUGAUUAUUUUUCAGAGCUUAUGCAUCUCACUUCUUCAGGUCGCCUUCAUCUGCAGAGUCAAGCAAGCGCCUUGGGAAAUGUUUACACAUAUAGUCCUGUCUUUCAUCCGGAUCAACCUAAAGGUAACAGUAUGAUAUCAUUAGCUGAGAUGUGGAUGGUUGAUACAGAAAUAGCUUUCUCUCAAUCAGAGGAUGCCAUGGAUUAUGCAGAAGACCUUUUGAAGUUUAUGUGCAAAUGGGUUCUAGAGAAGUGCAUUGAGGAUGUCAGAUUUCUUUCGAAACCAACCGCCACAACGCUUAUAGAGGAACUCCAGCUCGUCACAUCCUCGUCCUUCAAACGAAUUUCUUAUCGCAAACUUGUGGAAGAUAUGAAUGCGGUGAGCAUCAAUGAGAACGCAGGGCUCACUGUGCCAUUAUUGGAGAAUUUACUUUUGGAAGACAGCUUCCUAAUGUAUGUAGUAACAAAUAUCUAUAAACGGCCAGUCAUUGUAUAUGAUCAUCUGAAAGAACGAAAACCCUUUCAUGUACGCCUCAAUGAUGACGGAAAAACAGUUGCAUCGUUUGAUGUAAUCCUGCCACAUGUUGGAUAUGUUCUAAGCGGUAGUCAAAGUGAGGAACGUUUGGAUACUCUUAUUUCCAGGAUAGAAGAAGUUGGGUUGUCUAAAGAAGAAUUUGAAUGGUACUUGGAUCUUCGCAGACACGGCACUACAAUGCACUCCGGUUUCAGUCUAAGUCUGGACUCUUUACUUCUUUAUGCGGGUGGCUUCAAAGAGCUCGGAGAUGUCACUCCAUUUCCCAUGUAUCAUUCUAGAUGAAUGAAAUGUCACAAUUUCGAGAACCACAGCCGUUGUAAUGAUAAUAAUAAUAAGAGCAAUGAUAAUGCAGUUCUGGAACUUUAUAAAAAGGUUUAAAACAUAUGUGUACCUAAGUUAUAAUUAUAAAAUUUUAUCAUACAUUACAUUCACACAUGGAUUCAAUUGUUUGUUGACCAAAACCCAAACGUGGAUGUGUCAUUCCAUCAUGCUUACAA